AUGCUUGAUGAUACUCCAUACACAAAUUUGGUGGUCGGCAAUACGCCACAGCAUGCGCCACGUUCUGUGCCACACUUUCGUCACUGGGCUUUGAAACCUGAGGCAGAAAAGAAUGCCCGUUCCCGUGAGGCUCCCGAACAACGCCGGAAAUUUCCAGGAAGGCUAUCACGAACUGGCGAGUCGAAACCAAUCUCCUCACAUGUGUGGAAGGCCUCAGCGCCCAACGGCAUCUCACAAGACCUUGUCGAUUCACUACAGUCUAGCAACGAGACCGAUGCCUCUCGAUCCAAGAUAAUCGAGCUCCAGAUCCAGGCCCGCGUGGCCGAGGAGCUCAAGAAGCUUCAGCAGAAAGAGGCCGAAGCCCUCAAGCUCGCCCACGAGAAACUCUCUAACGCCGAGUUUAAGGACGAAAACAGCACAAGCCAGUACACUGUUAGCAAGGAGAUCGAGGCGAUGCGUCAAAAGCUCGAGGCUCGUAAGCAAGUCCGCGAUCUCCCUGAGAGCGUCGACGGUGCGCGCAAUGAGGUUAUUCGAUGUCUACGGGAGCACGACCGACGGCCGCUCGACUGCUGGCAGGAGGUGGAAAACUUCAAGGCUGAGGUUAAAAAGCUAGAGAAGAGCUGGGUUGAGAAGGUUGUCUCGUAG